GCUGCAUCCCAAGGCUGGCCGUGGCAUUUGCACCAGAAUUGGGAGCAGCUCCAGUCCAGACCCAGGAGCUUUCCUUGGAGGAAUAGUUCUUCGCCCAGGGGAAGGCCUGAGCAGAUUCCCCUGCCACUUCCUUGGACAAGAGCUGGAACAUCAGCAGUGGUAGAUGGGGUACUUAUAGCCCUUUUACCAACUGUUUUUGAUUUCUGAUUGGCCACGGUGACUCUGCCACCAGAUGUCUCCUGAGAUGGGAGAGGCAGAACAGGAGGGACUAGGAAGCAGUAGGCCGCAGAGCCCCUCCUGCUCAGAUGACACUCCACAUACCCCUCCAGUACCCACCCUGCCUCUCCCUGCUGCAAACAGAGGGGGGCAGUUGGGAUCUGAUGAUGAGGAGCAAGAGGACCCCCGAGAUUACUGCCGAGGUGGGUAUUAUCCAGUGAAGAUUGGGGACCUGUUCAACGGGCGCUACCACGUGGUGCGGAAGCUUGGCUGGGGGCACUUUUCUACUGUCUGGCUUUGUUGGGACAUUCAGCGGAAGCGUUUUGUGGCCCUGAAGGUUGUGAAGAGUGCUAUCCACUAUACAGAGACAGCUGUGGAUGAAAUAAAGCUGCUGAAAUGUGUGCGGGACUCUGAUCCCACUGACCCCAAGCGUGAGAACAUUGUCCAGCUGAUUGAUGACUUCAAGAUCUCAGGGAUCAAUGGUGUCCAUGUCUGCAUGGUCCUUGAAGUUUUAGGGCACCAGCUGUUGAAAUGGAUCAUUAAAUCCAACUACCAAGGGCUUCCUAUACCCUGCGUUAAGAGUAUCCUACUGCAGGUGUUGCAGGGCCUUGACUACCUCCACACGAAGUGCAAAAUAAUCCACACAGACAUAAAACCAGAGAACAUCCUGCUGUGUGUAGAUGAGAGUUACGUGCGACGUUUAGCGGCUGAGGCCACCCUCUGGCAGCAGGCUGGGGAGCCCCCACCCUCGGGCUCUGCAGUCAGCUCUGCACCCCAGGAAAGCCUGAAUGGGAAGCUUUCGAAGAACAAGAGGAAGAAACUGAAGAGAAAGCAGAAACGGCAGAGUCAGCUCCUGGCUGAACGCCUUCGGGACCUUCAACAGCUGGAGGAACUGGCAGCCGGUGAUGCCUCGUGGACCCCAGAGCUGCAUGGUGGCACCCCCAUCUCAGUCUCCGCUGUUCAAGGAGCAGAGCCCUUGGGGGGCUCUCUGGCCUGCAGCCCCCAAAGCUUGACAUCGUCUUCUGGUUUCCACACACACAACACCUACGACAGCUGCAACGGGCACUCCCCACCAGGCUCAGCCAGCCGCCACUUCAGCCCUGACUCGGCAACCUCCGGCUUCUCAGGGUCCCUCUUCUCCGGCUCAGCCUUGUCAGGUCUUUCUAACCAGCGGGAGCGUGGAGGGCUCCUCUCCCCCAGCACUUUAGGUACCUCUGAAUACCUGGUGAACCCCUUGGAGCCCCAAAAUGCAGACAAGAUCCAAGUGAAGAUAGCAGAUCUGGGCAAUGCCUGCUGGGUGCACAAACAUUUUACCGAAGAUAUUCAGACCCGACAGUACCGAGCCCUGGAGGUCCUGAUUGGUGCCAACUACAGCACUCCAGCCGAUAUCUGGAGUACAGCAUGUAUGGCAUUUGAACUGGCAACUGGCGAUUACCUCUUUGAACCCCACUCUGGCGAGGAUUACACCAGGGAUGAAGAUCACAUUGCGCACAUUGUUGAGUUACUGGGAGAUAUCCCUCCCCACUUUGCUCUUUCGGGACGCUAUUCACGGGAGUACUUCAAUCGGCGAGGGGAACUGCGCCACAUUAAGAACCUGAAGCACUGGGGCCUCUAUGAGGUCCUGGUGGAGAAAUAUGAGUGGCCCCUUGAGCAGGCUGCCCAGUUCACAGAUUUCCUGCUGCCCAUGAUGGAGUACAUCCCCGAAGAGCGUGCCACGGCGGCCCAGUGUCUGGAGCAUCCAUGGCUCCACUCCUAGGACUAACUGUCCAGACCAAGUGCUUGGUGAAGUAAGGGCCUCUAGCCCUUGUGGAUCACCUUGGCGCAGCACCUCGUGCUGUCCCUGGCGUGAAGGGAGGAGGCCUUGUUCUUUCCACGGUUCCUGCCACUAAGCGGAGGCCAUUCCAGGAUAGGGGGCAGGAGGCUGGUUUCAUGGCAGGGAGGGGCUGGAGGGCUGGACAUGGAACCCCAGAACCCAUUUCUGAAGCACAGCCAGAAGUUUUCCCAACCCCUCACCACUUCUUUUCAGAGAAGUUGCCUUCUUGGUGCUUUCAACGGUCAUCUUGCCAGGUGCCCUUGACUGACGCCAAUAGUUUUUAAUUAGUCUGGGAACUCCUCGCAAGAGUGUGUGUGUGCGUGUGCACGCAUGUGCAUCCCCCCUUUUAGGGCAGAAGGAACAAAGGCUCCUGCCUUUCCUAACCCCUGUUGGCAUGCUAGUGAGAAGUGGUAGGGAAGGAAAAGAUUGCAGCAGGUGUCUGUGAGGUGCAGGUUAAAUACAUGGAUACAGUUUGGAAGGUGAACUGGAAGAUGUUCCUGAGUGUUUGAGCAAGAAGUUGGAGGUGAUGGUGUGACCUCUUAAGUUUGAGUCCCCAGCCUGAAAUGGCACAGGCGCCAUGUAGUUCUGGUGGGUGCCCUCCAAACUUCCAUACCAAGGAGGCUUGGGGCAUUCUUGAACCAAAACUGUUUUGCAAGCAGUUGAAUUUGCGCAACCUGAUAAGGCCUUGGGAUAGGAUCUCUAUGGUAGAAGCAGUGGGAGGGGCAAAAAAGGGCAGCAGUGGGUAGGUAGCAAAGUGGGACGGGGGAGGGAUUCCUGUUCCAAGCUGACUCUCGCCCAGAGACUGGAUCUAACUGUACGUACAUGCAUUUGCUGGAAGACUCCCCAGAGUGGUGAUCAACCCUUUUCUAUUCCACAGAUAUUUGAGUCCUGUUUCCCACUGCCUAGACAUAUAAAUCAUAAAUAAUGCUGCAGUCCCUAAUACGUAUGUUUUACAUUAGCCAAAGGCUGAGUUGUAAGCAGCCAUGCAAAAGCUGAUAUUCCAACCAUCACAACUUUAAAAACAAGUUGCCAGCCCUCAUUAUGAAAAAUACAUUUUUGCAAAUUGGUAAGUGAUUUUUUUUUCUUUUCAACCAAGCCGAACUUUUUGUACCUUGGAGAAGUAAGGUUGUCUCUGGUUAACUUUUAUUCCUGUGCUGCCCAUUUCCUUCAUCAGUACAGUUGUUGCCCCACUUUUUGCGACUGGUGGGGAGCAACAAUGCUCAUAGCCAAGCUAUUUGCAGAAUGUAUUUCAAGCCUUAUCCCUAGCUGGAAAAAGGAGGAUAUUAGCUGUAUAUUGUUUGAGCUUGUGUGGUUACCCUCUAACUCCCUCCUUCCCUGUGGAUGUACAGGAAAGGCAGAACUGUUACCAUUUCAAGUGGCUGCUACAACCACCCCAUUAAUAUUUUUGACACUUUUGCUACAUGUGGUCAGCUUUUAAUUAUUUUUUAAGGCAGAGAGAACAGCUGCUCCAGAAAGCUUAGCUCAGGAUGAGCAAAAUGUUCAGGCUACUUUGUGCCUUCAAGAAGGAGCCUAUCUACUGUUUGUGAUGAAGGACUGAGUGAGGAUGAGAGGGCUCCUUGGCCAUUCCCUAAAAUAGUUUGGACUCAAAAAAGAACUAUGACUAAAGGAAAGACACAGAGGGCUAAAAAUACUUAGUGGCAGGCAUAAACCCAAGGUUCCAGUCUCUUCUACCAGGGGGACAUCUGGUCGGAUCCAACACAAUUUAACUAAACUUAAGUCCCAUUGAUUUCAGUACAAAAUAGGGUCAACUAAGUUAACCAGAAUCCAAUCUGUAGUACUGGAACCAAGGAAUAAUAUUUCAGCAGAAGUAGAUCUGGAGCUUCUCGGACAGCCUUCCCCGACCUGGUGCCCCCCACAGUUCCCAUCAUUCCCAGGCUGAUUGCAAUGCAAACACCUUUGGAGGGCAGCAGGGUGAGGAAGGCUGUUCAUGGGUAUGGAGCCAUCUGGGUACAAUGUUAUUUAAGAGGAGUGUCUUUAAACCAAAGUUGGGUUGCAGGAAACCAGGCCUAAGGAAAGGGAGACAAGACUUUUUCCUUGCACUUCAGUCUCUUUCAUGCAAAGCCAUAGCCUUGGUGUUGGGUGUGGCCUGUGUGUGCUCAUGUCCAGGGAGAAAGAGUGUGUGCGCGUGUGGCUGUUUUGAACCCACCCCCUCCCCGUGCUGUUGCAGGGAUUAAAUUCAAGAAUUUUCAUUAAAACAUUUGCAGUA